AUGGCGAAUCUUAUCAAUAUCAUUCAUCGUCUCAUUUCCUACAAAUCAAACAAAUCCAAACUCUACUGGUUAAUUUUCAUUUCGAUUCUCUGUUUUACGUCUUACCUAUACGGACUAUGGCAAACCGGUUCAAUAUCCAGAUUCUCAUGCAUUCCGACGUCGCAAAACUCAUCCUCCGUCGCCGACGCAUUCCUCGAUCAGAAUCAGCUCGAUUUCGCAUCGCACCACUCCGCCGUCGAUCUGAUCCAUUUAUCAAAUCAAUCUGCGGUACAGAAUGUGAAGCGAUUUCCUCGUUGCGAAUCGAAAUACGGUGAGUAUACUCCUUGCGAAGAUGCUGAUCGAUCGUUGAAAUUCGAUCGCGAUCGUUUGAUUUACAGGGAGAGACAUUGUCCGGUGAAGAAGGAGUUGUUGAAGUGUAGAAUUCCGGCGCCGUAUGGUUACAUGACGCCGUUUAGUUGGCCGGAGAGUCGCGAUUGGGUUUGGUAUGCUAAUGUACCUCAUAAGCAUUUGACUGUAGAGAAGGCGGUUCAGAAUUGGAUCCGGUUUGAAGGUGACCGGUUUAAAUUCCCUGGUGGUGGAACUAUGUUUCCUAAAGGUGCUGAUUCUUAUAUUGAUGAUAUUGGGAAGGUGAUCAAUUUUAAAGAUGGUUCAAUUCGAACCGCCAUUGAUACUGGUUGUGGGGUUGCAAGUUGGGGAGCUUAUCUUCUAUCAAGGAACAUAACAGCAAUUUCAUUUGCACCAAGAGACACUCAUGAAGCACAAGUCCAAUUUGCACUCGAAAGAGGUGUUCCGGCUUUGAUCGGUGUAAUGGCUUCUAUUCGAUUGCCCUAUCCGGCUAGGGCAUUCGACAUGGCACAUUGUUCGCGUUGCCUCAUUCCGUGGGGGCAAAAUGAAGGGUUGUAUAUGAUUGAAGUUGAUCGUGUUUUAAGACCUGGUGGGUAUUGGAUAUUGUCGGGACCACCAAUAAACUUCGAGAAACAUUGGAAAGGAUGGGGAAGGACUAUUGAGGAUUUGAAACGCGAGCAAGAUGUGAUUGAGAAAGUAGCGAGGAGCCUUUGCUGGAAGAAACUAGUGCAAAAGAAUCGUGACAUUGCUAUUUGGCAAAAACCGACAAACCACAUUCAUUGCAAAACCAACCGUAAGGUUUUCAAGAAACCGGAAUUUUGUGAGGCAGGGGAUGUUAAUGAUCCAGACAGGGCAUGGUAUAGAAAAUUGGAAACUUGUAUGACUCCGCUUCCAAAAACAAUAUCAUCUGAUAUUAAAGAAGUUUCAGGCGGGCAGCUAGCUAAGUGGCCCGAGAGGCUGACUGAAGUCCCACCAAGGAUUAUCCGCGGAAGUAUAGAUGGGAUCACACCCGAGAUUUUCAGGAAGGAUAUUGAAAUUUGGAAUAAGAGAUUGUCUCGUUAUAAGGCUUUGGACUACCAGUUGGCAGAGAAAGGGAGGUAUCGAAAUUUGCUUGAUAUGAAUGCUAAUUUGGGAGGUUUUGCAGCCUCUUUAGUCGAUUACCCGGUUUGGGUUAUGAAUGUCGUCCCUGUCGAGGCAAAAGUUGAUACUCUGGGAGCUAUUUACGAACGUGGCUUGAUUGGAACAUACCACAAUUGGUGCGAGGCAAUGUCUACUUACCCAAGGACCUACGACUUCAUUCACGCAGAGAAUGUUUUCAGCAUGUACAAAGGAAGAUGUGAGUUUGAAGAUAUCUUGCUAGAAAUGGAUAGAAUAUUGCGUCCUCGAGGGAGCGUAGUGAUAAGAGACGACGUAGAUGUUAUGUUGAAGGUGAAGAGCAUCGUGGGAGGGCUCGAAUGGGAGAACCGUAUGACCGAUAAUGAAGUGAGUGCACAUUCGAGGGAGAAGAUUUUGGUCGCGGUUAAAUCUUAUUGGACUUCUCCUAAGGAUAAUUCGAGUUUACAUUAGAGGGGAUUCUCAUCAUGAUUUUGAUCAUUCUUUCAUUCUUGCAUUACCAUGACAAAUAGAUUAUUAUUAAA